UCUCCCAUUCCUUUGUUCUUCAUCCAAUAGCGAAUUCUCAUUGCUUACUCUUCUCGACCCAUUCUGCUGAACCUCACUCCUACACGCAGUUAGGUUCAAACAAUUGGCGCCCACCGUGGGGCCUGUAGAGAACGAUAGAAAAUCGACUAAUGGCGGAACAUAAUCUCAGCUCACCCGAUUAGGCAACGCCCAUCAAGGCAAUAACGAACCAAAGGGCGUUCGCGGAAACCAGCAACCUCAACACAGUACUUAUCGAAGAAGAAGAGCCCGAGCUGACAACCAAAGAAAUUAGGCAACUAAUGACAAAGCAAAACGAUGUCAUAGCCGAUAUGCAAAAGCAAAUGAGCCAGGUCAUAGCGCUCAUGAUGAGCAAGGAGGCCACGUCAACGGCACAUGUGGCACCAACCGCGCCGCAACAAGCGUUAGGAGAGGCGUCAGAACCUGUCCCGCUACCAUAACAAGUGCCGGUUGAGGCACCCGCAUAUGAAAUGCAACAAGCGGAGCCGCGGGCUAGGGCGGACCUCAGCUUCUUGGAGCAACAUUUAUUCCGCGCAAUACCGCCCUCACCCACCCAAAAGAACCCUCCACCAACCAUUAAGCGCGGAAAUCAUGGCGGAGCACCUAAGCGGAAUGCCACCCGCCCUCCCAACAUAUAACGGAGCAACCGAUCCAGAGGACCACGUAAGCACCUUCUGCCUACGGAUGCAACUCCAAACUAACUCCAACGCGUCGCUAUGCAGAACCUUCCCUUCAACAUUCUCUGGCAUAUGCCUCGAUUGGUACAACAGACUUCCCAAUAGAAUCAUCCGCUCAUUCAAAGAGUUCAUACUCUUAUUCACCACCAAGUUUGUGUCACAAAAGAGAAGACCACUCCAUCUCAAGGCCUUUAUCGACCUCAGGCAAAAAGAUGGGGAAGGCUUACGGGCAUUCUACGCCAGAUGGUCCAGGGUGGCAAUGGUCAUGCGCGACCUCACCCCCGAGACCGCCGCCCAUCACCUCAUGUACGCCACCACCAACAUGGAACUCAAGCGGGCAUUGGCAAAAAGACCAGUCACGCUCUCGACAGAAUUAGAGGUCAAAAUCGAGAAGGCCAUCACACUGGAAGAAACCUUAGGCACGGGUUCUGUCAGGCGCUUCGAACCCUCGAAACCACUCAGAGAGGAUCAAGGGCGGAAGCAACUCCCAGUUCCACGGGAACAUCUAAUACAAUUGCAUAGUGGGCCGAGGCGCCCGCCCACCCUUACAGAGUAGGCGCUGCGAAGACGUUCACCAGAAAGUCGCCCGCCAAACACUUACACACCGCUCAACGACUCGGUGAAAAACGUGUUACAUGUGCUACGCGAGAAGGGUUAUAAAAUCAAUUGGCCCAC